AUGUCCCACUCUUCCAGAUCCGAUCCCUAUGGUCGCCCUGAACGAUCGUCGAGGGAUGAUAGGCGGGAUUAUCGGGCGCGCGAGCCUCUACCUGCCUCGUCGCACAGAGCGGGCUAUCGCGAUUAUGACGAUCCAUCUUAUAGCUCUCGAGACAAGGAUCACGGAGGUCGAAGUGGAAGAGAGUAUGAGCGGGACGAUUACAGAGACAGAGGGAGGGAUGAGAGGUACGCUGGCGGGGAGAGGCAUUCCAGCAGGAGAGAAGAAGAGAGAGGAUAUGGUAGCAGCAGAAGAGAAGACGAGAGACAUGCGUCUGCUAGAGAUGCUCGUCACGGCAAAGAUGAAAGAAGCGAUCGGAGGAGUAGGAGCCCAGUAUCCAGGUCCGGUGCAAGACGCGCUGAUCGCGAGUACGAUCGAGAAUCAGAUCCGGAUCGCAAUACUGGUGGAGCACACCGAGAAAGGCGGGAGGAAGAGCUUGAUCGCAAGCAUGAAGGCACCUCAAGGUCGAGCAAGGGGAAGAGAAGCAGCGCGACUGGGUCUGUGGAUGGUGGCGCAGUCCAGAAUGCAGGGCAAGUUGAAGUGGGAGAGGAUGAGCAGGCCAUGAUGGCAGCCAUGGUGAGUCGCGAGGGAGCUUGUUGGGCUGUAGAACCUAUGUCGUCAAUGCGUGCUGUCUGUGCUGACACGAGCUUGUUGGGGACUCUGUCGCAGGGCUUCGGCAACUUUGGUUCAACAAAGGUGCGUUGUAAAGACAUGCAUCCGAGCGUGCGCUUCUUUACGCUUGGCUCAAUGCCCUCAUUGACUUCUACGCUCCCGUCACCGCAGGGCAAGCAUGUAGCUGGUAAUUCAGAAGGAGCGGCAAAUGUGCGAAAGGAGAGGAGUUGGAGGCAGUACAUGAACAGGCAAGGAGGUGGGCAACACCCCGUCAUGUUCACGUGCACUUCCCACACGCAGGCAAUGCUGACGUCCACACGCCUCUCGCCCACCCUUAUAGGAUUCAAUCGACCGCUCGACAAGAUCUGA